AGUUCUGUUCCCCGCUUUCAGUGUCCGCGAUGUCAUUUUUUUGCGACUACGUUUAUGCGCGUGAUUUGGCAUCUUGAAGAUGUCCACUCCGCGGAGUCACAUUUAGAAGUUACGUGUGGCGUUGAAGGCUGUGAGAAGCGAUACACAAUUGUGUCGAGCCUCCGAAGCCAUCUCUAUCGCAAGCACCAGCAGUGGCUUUCGCGUGUUGGCGGAGAAACGCGGAGAGAGUCGGACGAAAAUCGUGAUGCUUAUGACACAGACGCAACAGAAGAUCCUGGUGCAGGUGUUAGUGGCCAGCUCGCCGCUCAUCAUUCGCACCACGAACCGACUUCGUCACGUGGUGCAAGGUUCCAGGAAGUGCCAGAGCCUCCAUCACUAGAACACUUCAACACAGCCACAGCAGGUGACCCUGGCGCUUCGGGUGUUACUGACCAGCUCGCCGCUCAUCAUUCGCAGCAUAACCAACUGCUUCACGUGAUGCAAGGUUCCAGGAAAUGCCGCAGCCCCCAACACUCGAAGAAUUUGCCAUAGGAUUGAAAAGAUCACUUGCAAACCUGUUCUUUCGUGUUGCUGAAGCACGAAAGGUACCCAAUUCCACCUGCGAAGCUUUGUUCCAAGAAGUUGAGGCUAUACUUAGAUGGACUAUGCAACAGUUUGCAGAGCAAGUAAGGUGUGCGGUGAAUUCAUCUUUUUCUGAUGUACCUGAAUCACUUACUAACUUGUUGAACUGCAACUUCCUUGAAGGCCUUUUUGAUGAUAUUCGCUCGCAGUACCAAAGAGUUCAGUUUGCUAAAUCCAAGUUUCCUUUCACUGAGGCCCAGAAGUGCAUGUAUACUGACAGUGACCGAGCUUCUUUCUACUACGUUCCGGUAGGCAGUGUGUUGAAGAAUUUUAUGCAGUGCAAGGGUAUCUCUGAACAGAUAAUGAAACCCGAGGCUGCGGAAGCAACUGUACUACGAAGCUAUCGUGAAGGCAGGAUUUAUAAGAAGCAUGUAACUAACAUGCUUGCGAACUCUAAUGACAAGCUGCUUCACCUUUUAUUAUAUACAGAUGAACUUGAAAUUACUAACCCAAUUGGAGCAGCCAGAGGUGUGCACAAGCUUUUGGCAGUCUAUUACAGUGUACUCAAUGUACCUGCUGCAUAUCGUUCACAGUUGAAAAUGCUGCAUCUCGCAAUAAUGGCAAAGUAUGUAGAUGUACAAAAGCAUGGCAUGGAGGUUGUGCUCAGGCCAUUCCUUGCAGAAUUAAAAGCACUGCAGGAUAGAGGCCUUAGUGUCAUCUUGGAUGGAAAGGAAGUGCGUGUAAAGGUAGUAGUCUUAGCUUUCUGUGGAGACAACUUGUCGAUGCAUCGCUUGGGCGGUUUCUCCUGCAACUUUGCUCAUGGAUCUGUUUGCCGGUUUUGCAUGGCGCAAAUCAAAAACCUUUCAUCACUAACAAGAGAAGAUCUAUGCCAAAUCAGGACUAGAGAGCUCCAUGAAAACCACCUGAAAGCCAUUCAAUUAAACCCAGCAUUGUAUAAGCGGCUGUAUGGGGUGAAUGGUGAGUCAGUAAUGUCUUCUCUUGAAGACUUUGAUGUUACAUCACAGUUAGCACCGGAUAUCAUGCAUGACAUGUUUGAAGGAGCAUUGCCGUUUGUAAUACAGCAUGUGCUAAAAGGGUUGUUUGAUGACCAUAUUUUGUCCUCAUCAGACCUUGAAAAAGUAAGCAAGUUUCACUAUGGUCGAAAUGAUGUGACAAACAAACCGCUGCCGCCAAGUGAAGCCUUUGUACAAGGUAAAAGUGCUCUGAAGGGCACUGCAUCACAAAAAUGGUGCCUUUUUCGACUCUUGCCCCAAAUAUUUGGGUCCAGUGUUCCAGAAGAAAGUGAGGACUGGGAAGUGUACCUCCUCCUAAGAGAAAUAAUAGACAUGUUUUUAUCAGACAACCUUCCAUUGCAGUCCCUUUCAUACCUGGAAAUUAAAGUACAAGAGUUCCUUCGUUCCUUCAUCAGUCGCUACCCAUCUGCUCGUCUCAUUCCAAAGAUGCACUAUCUGAUACACUACCCCCGCAUGAUAUCUCUUUUUGGACCACUUAAGCAGUUGUGGUGCAUGAGGUUCGAGGCAAAACACCAGUAUUUUAAGAGCCUUGCAACGCGUGUCAAGAAUUUCAGGAAUAUCUGCAAGACCCUUGCAGAUAGGCACCAGCUGCUGCAAAGUUUUGAGUUCAGUGAAUUAGCUUUGGACGGUGUGCUGUCUACGAACAGUGCAAAACCUGUGGAGAGGGCUGAGCUUCACCCAUGCAUUCAAGAGGUGCUGCCAGUUGGCAUCACCUGGCAGGCAAAGUCAGUGACACUACGCCAGGUAACCUACAAAGUAGAAGAUGUGCUUGUAAUGCGCAAAGGGGAUGACCCAGAGUUUUGCCAGAUUAUUGGCAUCUUCAUUGUGAGCAAUGAAGUUGCUUUUUUAGUCGAGAGACUUGAGGUGCUAGAAUUCAGAAGGCACCGAUAUUCCUUUCGGGUCGCAAAGUGUGGUUCAAUGUCUGCUGCGAAACCUGGAGAUGAAGCACUUCCAGAGUGCCUUGACCUCUAUUUUGGAGGGGAAGUUGUCCCAAGAUGUGAAGUUGUGUUGUUUGAUUAAUGGUUGUUAUUGACACUGUUACUGGGUUG